CUCUUUACAGUUCAACAAUCUGACGCUCUCAUCGUUCCCAAUGAAUUGCCCUCAAUUCUAUCACUGGUUUACUCCAACAUACCACCAAUUAAAAAAGGUACCGAUUCUCGUCUAGGUUUUGGUUUUAGACUAGGAGAACAUGCCGAUUUUCAAGUACUACUCGAAUUGGGGCCACAAAAAGAAACCCGGCCAAUAGGUGAUACAGAUGAUUCCGACGGUUCUUCUUUCAAUAAGAGACAAGUUAAUAAACGUCAACAAUUAAGAGUACAACAUGAGAUGAGCACAACAGAACGUUCGGCUGCCACGUGGUUGGAAAAAUGGUCGAAUGAUGCAAACAAUUCCAAAAAGAAGGUUAAAACAAGUAAAAAACAAAUUGGCAAUAAAGCAGCGGAAAUACCAGCCAUGCCCCAGAUGCCUGAACAAACCUUAAGACAAUUACAAAUGUUAUACAAAAUGGCCACCAGUUCAACGCCAGAACCUGAACCAUCCACACCCACUGAGAAUACCUUAAAGCCGGGAGAAAUAAGUGCAGCCAUACAUUUGCAGGAGAGAUUGAAAACUUUCAAAGCACCUUCUAAUGUAGAAGAAUUGCAGGUUUUGCUGCAUAAACCUACAGGAAAAACAAAAACAGAAAUCACUAAAGAACUAAUGGAUGUCAAUGUGGAAGAAUGAUUUGAUUUUGUGUAGAAAA